AUGGCGUUGUACAAGUACGGCCUGGCGUUCUUGGCCGGCACAGGCUUCGGCGCGGCGAUGACGAGCAUCCGCAACAGCCGCUGCCCCCUCCACAAGCUCCACUCCUGCUCCUGCCACCGCCGCCGCCGCCCCGUCGACGGCGCAGGCGAGUCACCGGCACCGGAGACCGGCCGGGAGAGGGAGCAGUACUAUGACGCCCAGGAGAAGGCCUAG